AUGGACAAGACUGCUGUGUUCAAAGCGUAUGUUAAGACGAUCAAAACGAGAAACAGAGCAUUCGGGUCCCCAGCACCGCCACAGGUGGAUAUUUUGAAGCAGCGAAAGCCGCGCAGAGAUGAAUUUUCUCGUAGGGCCAAGGAUAUUGUCAACGAUCUAGUCAAGUUAACAGACUUUUUGAACCGUCACUUUAAGGACUAUAUUGACGUCCAGGCUUUUAACCAGCAAACCACGUUAACGGACGCAGACCGUGACAAAAUCGAUAUCGGCGCACAGCACAUUAUUAAAACAUGCAGUCAACAAUUGACACAGCUAAAAAAGAGUUUGGCAGGUGAUUGCAGUCAAAUUGAUGAUCAUAGACGGCAGAUCAUACGCUAUGUUGAAUGGCGAUUAAAAUCUGUCUCAAAAUUGUUUGCUGAGAUCAAAGCAACACGGGCGCAAAGGUGUUUAGAGUAUGAGAAUGUUUCAAAGUUGAGCAACUUGACUCAUGGUUUUGAACCUUUGAAAGAAACCAAUAACGCAGCAAUUGUUGAUUAUGAAGCAGCUGAUCGACAAUAUGCCGCUCAACAAGAUGAUGAAUUAUCACCAGAAGAAUUACAAAUGUUUGAAGCUGAAAAUAUAGAAAUGUACAACGAAUUAAAUCAGUUAUCAAAUGAAGUAAGAAAUAUAGAGUCUAAGGCUGUACGAAUUGCUGAAUUGCAAGAGUUGUUUACUGAAAAAAUAUUGGAACAAGAUCAGGAUCUUGAGAGAAUAGACACAAUUGCAGUGAAUACCACUGAGAACAUUGUUGAUGCCAACACUGAAAUAAGAUCAGCUAUACAAACUAAUGCUGGUCUUAGAGUAUACAUAUUAUUUUUUAUAUUAGUACUUUCAUUUACCUUACUAUUUUUAGAUUGGUACAAUGAUUAAAUGUGAUAAAUGUGAAACUAUUUUACCAAAACUAAAAAUUACCAAUGUUGGUAUUAUAAAACAAGUUAUUAAUUUGUUUCGGAUAAGGUGAAAUUAUUGUGAUUAUUUUAUGUACCUUUGGUUAAUAAUUUAUGAAGUUUAAUAAAUUAAUAUUAUUUAAUCAUUAA